AUGGCUGAGGAAACGACUGCUUUUGUGACACAAAUUUCGGAAACGUGUGGUGCUCUUACGUUAACCUCUGUGGGAUUCGCCCACAUAUACGCUCUCAUAAGGAAUCGCCAUCUGAUUGAAUCGGUGUUCCAAGAACUACAGGAGAUAUAUCCCAGAGCCAGGGAUAGGCACUAUCGUUGCCAGCACUACUUUGACUUGGCUAUGCUUAUAAUGAAGAUUGAGUUUGUGUUAUUUAUGGCCUUCUUGGUGUACUACAAUAGUGCCCCAAUUUUGCUGCUGCUUUGGGAAUACCAACAGAGGCAGGAACUGAGUUUCACUUUGCAGGCUAACACUUGGUUUCCCUGGAAAGUUCACGGCUCAGCGAUUGGGUUCGGUGUGGCUGUACUUAUUAUAAUCCUGAUUUCGACUGUGGACGUUGCAUUCGCUAUAGUAGCCGUACAUUUGGUUUGCAUAUUCGUUUUCCAACUGAAACUGCACUUUGACGGCUUGGCUAGUCAAUUAUUGAACCUGGAUUCCCGUCAGCCCGAUGCAAAUCAACAGUUGAGGAAUCUGAUCGCCUAUCAUUCGUGCAUCCUUCAGAUCACGGAACAAAUUAAUCACAUCUUGAACCCCUUAUUCAUGACUAGCCUGGUUGGUUCUACAAUUGCAAUUUGUAUGACCAGCGCGGCUAUUUUGCUACUCGACUUGGCCUCUGCCUUCAAGUACAUAAAUAAUCUGGCUGCAUUUGUCCUCUACCACUUCGUCAUCUGCUACUUGGGCACUGAAGUCACAUCCGCAGACUAUUAG